UGAGACGUCAGAAUAUGAAAGUCCGCAUCAGCGCCACAGGAGACACAAUCGUGAUGAAGUUUCUGCAGCCCAACACUGACACCAAGCUUGAGGGCUACAUCAUGGGGUUCGGCAGCAGCAUGUUCUCCCGACAGAUGAUACAUCUGCCUGAAAACGGACAGCCAUAUGAGAAAGAGUUUGACGCUGAGCCCAAGUACGUUGUGGCUGUCCAGCCUAUUCCAGCCAAUGAGGUGAAAAAGCAGUGCAAAGGCAAAGUGGAACUGGAGAAGCCUCUACAGGUGGUCAUUGGGUCAGUCACGGCCACCUCGGUCCUUCUGUCCUGGGGGACGCUGCUGAAAACGCCCUAUGAAGGAAAUAUCAUGAAUGACUGUUUAGAAGACGGGCACUAUACGGUCCGUUACCGUGAGAAGAACAGGAAGUGGAACUACCAGACCUGCUCGACCAGCGAUACGGUCAUUGACAAUCUCAAGCCGCACACCGUCUAUGAAUUUGGUGUCCAGCCUACUUCUAAAGACGGCACUGGGGCGUGGAGCAAACCUGUGCUUCACAACGUCAGCACUGCAGGGUUCCAGGAAAAGUACAUUAGAAGAAUCGCAAAGUUUCCCGACAGCCCCGCGAAACCCUUCACUCCAGCUCCACCGUCGUUCCCAUUUCCGCCUCAACAUGCACCUAAUAACAGGAUGCGGUCCAAACCGUCCACCUCCAGAAUCAAAAUCCCACAGGCAACUCUUGCUCCUACAACAGCUGCUAAACAGGAACUUCUGCCAACCCCUGGAUCCAAAUUGUCUGUGAUCAACAAGCAGCCUAUAGUUGCACACAACCCAGGAGGAGAACUCUCGAGACCUGUUUUAACUCCUUUCCCUGAGGUUCCUCUAGCUCCCGAGGUCCACUCUGAAGUACUCGUUGCAGUCACCAUGGCAUCUGUGCCAUCCUACCAGGACAAACUGGAAAACCAUGGAGACUAUCCAAAACAAUUGCCCCUGGCUCAACUUAAAACACAAACUGAGCCAAACUCAGAGCACCCACAGCCAAUGCCCAAACCUCCCCAGCCUCCACUGAAACCUCUUGAUGAAAGUAUACCACAGCCACAUACAACAUCCCAGCCUGACCUCCAAACCAUACCAGAACCUCAAAUAAAUAUCCAGCCUGUACCACAGACUAACCCACUUUCACAAUCUGAAGAAGAACCAGAUUUCCAGUCUCUUCCUUUGACAACACCAAUGCUUCCCUCUGAAGUGAAGCCUCAACCAUCACCCCAGACCAAACACCAGAUCCAGCUGCUGACACAACUGCAACCAAAGACCCAGACUAAAGUGCAAACACAACUUCCUCUGCCCUAUGCUGUGACUCACCAUCAGGCCACGCAGCCAGCACCUCAACACAUUGUUUAUGAAGAACCAGCACCGACAAAGAUCCAAUCCCGACCUCCACUUCAGCCAGAUACUCAUUUUUUGAAAAAUCCACAAAACCAAUCACCACAUCCACCAACAACACCACAAACACAACCUCAAUUAAUCCAACUAACACAAAAACCAAAGAUAAUAUUUGACCAAUCUAAGUCCACCCCUCUACUCAGACCCAAGAACCUGGGGAAAAAGCAUCAAAAACCUAAGAACCAACACAGUCUGGCCAACCUUCAAUCACGCUCGCAGCCACAGUUUCCGCAAAAGGACCCAGUUCAACCUGAAGGUCUACCUCAGGAACAGCAGCCAGGGGUUCAGUCUCGGCCUCAGACCAGGACCCGGUCUGAUCACAUCAAGGGUUCUCCAAGGAAGACAAUUGAUAGGGCUCCUAGUCAUCCAGAAGGGAGCAAACCUCUGUCAAGACCCGGCCUACCCGCAGAGAAGGCUGGUAGUUACAAUCCUGGUUCGGGCACCAUCAGAUCAUCCACUGCUGAAGUUCCCCGUACUCCAAUUAGGUCCUCAGUUCCCACAGGAGGAAGAAAGACCAUGGUGCAUCGCGUCCGGGCUACUUUUCAUUCCUCUAAUUCUGGUGUCAGACCAUUCUCUUCAUCCAAGACAGCCACCUCCACUCACACUUCCAAAACACCUGGCGCCAAUGGGGCAGAUCGCAGGGGCAAUUCUUUUCCUAAACUUGUCGUGUGGCCAAGAGAAAACCCUGUUCAGCGACACCCUGUUCCUGGCAACAAGACACCAAACCUGGUGGGGAAAACGAGUGAUAAUGACAAACCCAUGGAUCUGAAACAAGGAGACAAGGAGUCCACCUUGAAGUCGUUCCUGCCGGUCACACCCAAACCAAAGCCUAAACACAGACAGCAGACAACCACAGUGGCCCCGGCAGUCAACAGCAGUCGUUUUGAUCUAAACGAUAACUCCUCCGUUUUCAGCUCGUUCCCUGCAUCAGAGGUAGACAUCAUGGGCAAGAAACGCUUCGUAGCUCCUCAUGUCAUCUACAAGACGGACAAGAAGCCAGAUGAACCGUGCUCCAUCACCUCCUCCCUGGCUUACUUCUCUGAUGAUGAAAGCAGUGAUGUGAAUGUCACCGGGCCUCCUCGCACGCCUCCAUCCAACCUCACUGUGGUUACCGUGGAAGGCUGCCCGUCCUUCGUCAUUCUGGACUGGGAGAAAUCUGAUAACGAAACCAGAGAGUAUGAGGUAGUGUCAACAACCACAGGACCGAAUGGACAGGAAGUGUCCAUCCUGACGACCAACCAGACGCACACAGCGGUGGAGAAUCUCACACCAGACAGCAGCUAUGAAUUCAAAGUUACACCGAAGAAUGAGCUGGGAGCCGGACCGUCCAGUGACCCUGUCACAUUUAACACAGAAUCAGCGGAUCCACGCGUGAGCGAGCAGGCCUCAGGAAAAGACGCCAUCUGGACUCAGUUCCCGUUUAAAGCCGAUGCCUAUUCCGAAUGCAACGGGAAGCAGUUCAUAAAGAGGACUUGGUACAGAAAAUUUGUGGGAAUCCAACUCUGUAACUCCUUGAGAUACAAGAUCUACCUGAGUGAUUCCCUCAAUGGGAAGUUUUACAACAUCGGGGAUCAAACGGGGUACGGGGAAGAUCACUGUCAGUUUGUGGACUCCUUCCUGGACGGUCGGACUGGAACCCAGAUGUUGGCUGACCAGCUGCCAAGCAGGCAAGGGUUCUUCAGAGCGUUGAGGCAGGAACCGGUCAGCUUCGGAGAGAUCGGAGGAAAGUCUCAUGUGACGUACGUUGGCUGGUAUGAGUGUGGCACACCCAUACCUGGAAAGUGGUGAAGUCCCCCCAUUCCCCCAUGUCUGCCUUGGAUGAUGACUUUAUCCGUGGUGAGAGCAAAGAUGAGAUGCCUGACCGGGCCUGAAGGGACACGAGCCCAUCUCCUUGGAUCGCUACGUCUGUUUGAUUUUUCCUGGCAACCUUUUAGGUGUGAACAUUUAGCGGACUGUUGGGUCUCACAAAACCUUACUAGAUGUCUCUAUUUAUGAAAAUAAGUAAAACAUAAAAAAUAAAAAAAUACCACAAUGAAUGGCAGUAGGUCCUGACAGAACCAAAAUAACAUUCAGCAUUCAUAGAGACACCGUUGGGAAGCUGGCUCCCAAACUGUAACGACUCGCGCGAUAAUAUUUAUCGAAGGGCUUUUAAUGAACAGUCUGUGUGCGAUCAGACGUCUGAGGAAAAAAAAUUAGUCCCUCGCUUCUGUCAGAGAGCCCGCACUGUGGUCAUGCAUGUACAGAAAAUAAUACUUUUACAUAAUAUUUACCAUUCAAAUACAUGCAGAAUAGAGCUGCGGUCCCCGGUGGGUUAAAGUCAGUUGCAGAUUGCACAGUGUUAAACGUCUGUUCGUAUAUGUGUGUGAUGUGAAAUAUGAUAUGUUUCUCUGGGUCAAUACAUUUCUGGAGUAUGUAAUGUAGAAGCAGCAUUUCAGAUUUUUUUUUUUUUUUUGUUUGUUUUUUUUUGUUUUGUUUUAAAGGCAAAUGCAAGUCAAAAAAAUAUGUACGUCUUAAAUAUAGUUGUUUUGUAAAAUCAUUAUUCAAAGUGUAAAUAACUUCAAAUUCCUCAUAAGUGUCCUUUCCUCAUUUUACUUGUUUAUUGUGCAAUUUAUGACACCAGCAAUAAAUCUUGUUUUUAUACUUCCA